AUGAAAUUCCUCAUUAUAUUUGCCACUAUCGUUGUUUUAGUCCUUUGCCAAUUUGAUGAUGAUAUACCACCAUUCCUAAAAGGAGCUCCACAAUCUACUAUAAAAGAAUUCGAAACUAUUCUUCAGAAUGGUCAAAGUCAAACUGAUCAGCAGUUAGAUGCGAAUAUUAAUGCAUGGAUCGCUAAACAAACCAGCGCGAUACAGAAUGCCUAUAGAACAUUUAUGGCGCAAAUACGAACUGCUCAACAGCAAGCCGAACAAGCACGUAGAACGAUGCUAGCGAAAUUCUCAGCUGAUGCCAGAGCAGCUGAUGCUCAACUUACUAAAAUUGCGGAAGAUCCACGCCUCACCGGCGAACAAAAACAAGCAAAAAUUGAAGCAACAUUCAAAGGUAGUAAAUUAUCCAAUUAUAAUUCUCGAAAAUGCCUAUAA